AUGUGUGUGGUCACAAAAAUUGUCUCGGGUGUAGGCUGUGCAAAAGGGAGUUGUUGGCAUAAACGUCUACUCAUUUUGGACUUAUCCUUUGACGAACUCUACUUAGAAGCAACUAAAAGAUAUCAAGACUUCAUGUUUGGCUUGACACUAGGACCCUUGGUGUUCGGAGAUUACCCACAAUCGAUGAAGAUGAAUGUUGGUUCCCGCCUCCCAUCCUUCACAAAAUCCCAAUCUGAAUUUGUUAAGGGCACUAUUGAUUUCAUAGGAAUAAAUCAUUAUUAUUCUGUCUAUGUGAAUGAUCGCCCUUUAAAGGAAGGUGUUCGUGACUAUGCAGCAGACAUGUCAGUUUACCAGAGAGGUUCUAGAACAGACCCAGCAACAAGCGAGUACGUCCCAACGGUUUAUCCAGACGACCCAGAAGGAUUGCGACUUGUGCUGGAGUAUCUGACAGAAGCCUAUGGGGGCCUCCCCAUUUAUGUCCAAGAGAAUGGCAAGGCAGCCGCGAAUGACAUUCUCAAUGACACCGACAGGGUGGAAUACUUGAAGACCUACAUAGGGAGCACACUGGAUGCAUUAAGAAACGGAGCCAAUGUGAAAGGUUACUUCGUGUGGAACUUCCUGGACAUCUUUGAGUUCUUAGCAGGGUACAAGUUAGGGUUUGGCAUGUAUCGUGUCGACUUUGAUGACGAAGCGCGGCCACGAGAAGCCAGGCUCUCUGCUCACUGGUACUCAGGCUUUUUAAAAAAUAAUGGCAUCAGUAUUCGGAGUGAGGUCGACGACACAGGACACCAUGCUCAACAGUGA